AUGGUUCGUGUAAAACAUCAAAAACCAGCGCGUCGAAAUUAUCAUCAAAAUAAAAAAACAAACUUUUCUCAUACUACUAGUUCAUCUAAUCAUAAUGCAAUUCAAUUAGAUCAACAUGGAUUUUUUGUAACAUUUUGUUCAUCAAAAGAAUCAUUUGUUCGUAAUGAAGUUUAUAAUUUAUUAAAUCGUUUUGCUGAUCAAUUAUUUGGUCCAGAAUUUUCCGAUGAAAAAGACAAUGAUGAAGAAACAACAAAUCUUAAUGAUCUUGAUUCAGCAUUAGAAAAUGAAAAACUUAAAUUAAGCAAGUCAAAUAAAAAACUUCGUCGCUUUCAAAUUGUUAAAUCAGGUACAAAACAUUCAUUUUUUGUUACAACUAUAUUACCAAUAAUAUCAUUAAAUAAACUUAUUGAAUUAAUAUUUAAUACAAGUAUACAAACAAAAGAACAACAUAGUCGAUAUAUUGAACGUUUAUUACCAAUAUCAUUUGUAUGUAAAGCAUAUGAAGAUGAUUUAAGAAAAUUAAUUAUAAAAAAAGAAUUUGUUGAACAAAUUUUAUUACUUACAAAUGAAAAUGAUACAUCAAAUAAUACCAUAUGGUUUGAUGUACAAGCUAAAAAAUCUAAUAAUACAACAUUAAAAUCAAGUAAUUUAGAAGAAAUUCUUAUUAAUGAUUUAUUAUCAAGAAAAUCUGAUGAUUUAAAUGGAAAAACAUUUAAACGUGACUAUAAAAAACCUCAAAUACAUAUAUUAAUACAUGUGAUUAAAAAUUUAAUACUUAUUUCAAUAGUACGAAAUUAUGAUAUGUAUAAAAAAUAUAAUCUUGCUUCAAUUAAUUUAGUUACAGCAACAACAGAAGGAGAAAAACAACAACAAAAUCAAAUUAUAUUUAAAGAUGAUGACGAUGAUGAUGAUGAUGAUGAUGAUGAUAAUGAUGAUGAUGACGAUAAUAAUGAUGAUGAAGAAACAAAUGAAUAA